AUGUAUCAGAAUCGCAGUAAUGUAGGAUAAUCAAUAUUCUAAAAUGACAUACCAACAUAAAACGUUAACCCUAAUGAUGUGAUGAUGCAAAAUAUGAUGAAAAUGUUUUAAACUUAAAUGAUUUCAAUGAUGCAAAGUCAUUCAUCUGGUAAAGAGAAUGUAUUUAUCAUAGGAUUCGAUUUAGAGAAAUUUUAUAUGCAUAAAGUGAAUGAUAUGAAUUAAUUUUAUAAUUAAGUGAAACCUGAAGAAUGCUAAUUGUAACAAACCUCCUAAUUUAUUAAUGCUUAUAAUCCAAAUAAAUAUUAUGAAGUAUUUAAAUAUAAUAUAAUUAGGAAAUUUAUUCAAAUACAAAUAGACAACUCAAUUUUGAUGAUAUUCCAGUCUCAAAUGAUUACAAUUUAUAAAAGAAUGAAUAUUUUAAUUAAUAUCAGAAUAAAUAAGUCUAAAAGACUAAUGGAUCAUAAAAAUAGUUUAAAAGAGAUAGUUACUCUUAAUUUGAAGAGGAUUCAAAUUCAUUCAAACAAUCAUAUCAUCAUUUUGAUAGUGAAGAAAAUAAUAGACAUUAAUCAAGGUAGCUUUCGAAUUCGAACUUUAAUUAGAACUAAUCUAAUUAUUAGGAUAAGAUGAAUAGUUAAUAUUCAAAUUUAAGAAACCAAAAUGAUGAAAAUAAUUAUUAGAAAAAUCUAAAUAGAAUAAAUAAUAAUAAUGAAGAAAUUAGGUAUCGAAAAAACUCUAAUCCUUAUGAUGAAAUGCCUAUCAAACCAAUUCAAUAAAAUCAAUUUGAGGAAAUAUAAAUCAGGAAUAAAUAAUUAGAUGACAUAUCUAACAAAAUAAAAAUUGAAAAUAAUCGAAAAUAAUCGGAUAUUCAACUAGAGCCAUAAAACUAAAACUGUUAGUGGUAAGAAUAACCUACUAAAAAAUUGCAAAAUUAAAUUUAAUUUGAUGAAAUUCCUAUUAAACCGGCAAAAUAAAAUCUUUUUGAUGAAAUUCCCAUUAAGCCGGCUAAAUAAAAUCUUUUUGAUGAAAUCCCUGUUAAAUCUUCUAAGUAAAAUAGUUUUGAUGAAAUACCUAUUAAACCAGCAAAAUAAAAUGCUUUUGAUGAAAUGCCAAUAAGAUCUGCUUAAAAUUAUUCAUUUGAUGAAAUUCCAAUCAAAUCUAAUUAAUAGAAUUCUUUUGAUGAAUAAAAAAUUAGGCACACUAAAUAAAAAAAUCAAUAAGAAGAUAGAAGUAAGCAAAAUUUAAGUAUUAAACAAUCUAACAAUAUUGCUGAAGAUGACUAAACAAAAUCUUUUUAGAAUUAAAAUCCCGAAGAUACAUUUAUAAAAACAACAAAGAAUUAAAAUUAUGAUCUUGUACAAGAAAGAAACCCUAUAUAAAAACAACAAGUUGAUAAUUAUGAACAAAAUGAUGAAGCAUAAAUCAGGAAAAAACCAUUUUUAAAAAAAGGAACAAGAUAAUUUCUAUCAAAUGCUUAACAAAGAUCAGACAUAGCCAAAAAAGAACAUGCUGAAAUUAUGAAAGAAAAUAAUGCAAUUGUAAAUAAAAUGCCACAAAACUAAAAUUUAUAAGGAAAAGCGUUUAAACCUUAGAAUUCUUAAAAGUUUGAAAAAUAAGAGUAAAGAGAAGUUCAAAACAAGACUAAAAGAUCCGAAACACCAAAAGAAGUGCCAAAACCAAAGCCUUAAAUUUAAUAAUAAAAGAUUUAGAAAUAAAAAGAAUCGUAAAAAUAAACAGAAAUAUAAAAUUCACUUCGUCCUUCCAACAAUGAUUAUUAAUUUGAUAACUAUGAAGAUUAAACUUCUUAAAAUUUGAAAACUUCUUCUUCUUAUUUUGGUUUAAAAAAGGAAAUGAAAGAGAAAAUUGUUGAUCAAACCAAUCUUUCCGAUAGUGAAGAUGAAAUGACUAGGAAUCAAUUUUAAUAAUAAAUUAGUACCCUAAAUUUGGAAAUAGCUAAAUAUAAAAAUGAAAAUGAUAAAUUAAAAUAAGCAUAAGGAAAAUAUGAUGAUCUAAUAAAGUAAUUUUAAAAAGAAAAAGAUGAAUGGGAAAAGUAAAAAGAAAAUGAAAAAUUAUUUUUAGAAGAAUGGAAGGAAGAGGAGAAAAAAAAGAUUUUAAGGGAAAAAAGAGUAUUCGAAAGAUAGGCUAAAUCAAAUUAAAAUAUUCCAAAUAGAAAAGAAAGGGAAGAAAUAGAAUAACUUAAACAAUAGAUUUAAAAAUUAUAGGAUGAAUAGAAAUAAAAGGAUUAAAAAAAUAAAUUAGCAUACGAGAGGGUAAAGAAAUAGUAUGAAGAAGUAAAUUAAAAGAAUCAAGAAUUAUAAGCAGAAGUAAAAGCCUUAGAAUUAAGACUCUUUGAGUAGAAAAAACCUUCUUAAUUAUCUUAAUCUUAAUAAAGUAAAUCAUAAAAAAUUCAAAUUAAAUAAAGCUAAUCAAGUCCAAUUUCAAAGAAGGAAAUAAUUUAAUAAAAAUUAAAAACUCAAAGUCCUUAAAGCAUUCCUGAGGAUUAAUAAUUAUAAAAGAAAAUAAAUGAGAGGAAGAGUUAGUAUUUAGAUGAUGAGGAAUAUGAUGAUGAUAAUGAGUAUUAACAAAAUGAUGAAGAGGAAAAUGAGGAUGAGUAUAAUGAUAAUGAUCAGGAGAAUCAAAGUGAUGAAUUAUCAGAAAAUUAUGAAGAUAUUAUGGAAAAAUCAAUGACUUAAAAAUCUAAAAUAUAAAUUGGAAAUUAAUAGAAAUAAAAAAAAUAUGAUUUAGUAAGUAUGUAAGAAGAAAAUAUACCUUUUACUAUUAAAAAUAUAAACAAUUUAAUUAGUGAAUAAGAAUUUAGUUUUGAUUAAAAUCGUUUUUAUUUAAUGUAUAAGAGGAACAAGGACAUGCCUUCAAAAAUAGUUAAUUAAAAUGUAGGUCCAGAUGGUAAGGUAUCUAGAUAAUAUGCAAAUGGAAAAAAAGAGGUUGUUUUUCAUAAUGGAGUUAAAAGAGAGGUUUUUCCUGAAGGAUAUGUUAUAGUUCAUUUUACAAAUAAGGAUGUAAAAUAGACUCUGCCGAAUGGAACAAUAAUUUAUUUUUUUGCAGAUGCGCACACUACUUAAAUUACUGUAGCUAAUGGGCCAAACGUAAAUUAUUUAUUUUAUCAUUUAGAUUUAUAGAUUUUCCAAUUAAUAGAUAGAGAUACAUUUUCCAGAUGGCAAAAAAGAGAUUCGAUUUGGAGAUGGAACGGAAAAAUAUAUAUCAAUAAAUGGAGAAGAAUAAACUUUUUUUAGUGAUGGCAUUAUAUAAAAAAUAGAUAGCAAAAAAAUAAAAUAAAUAGAAUACCCUAAUGGAAAUAUUGAUACUAUAUAUCCUGACGGAUAAAAGCUAAGAUAAUCUAAAAAAUGA